GAACACACUGCCGGACUGAACGUCCGCCGGCUGGGCUGUUUCCCUUCGCUCCAAGCUCGGGUUUGAGGGUAGCCCUGUGAUGUGCUGGGGCUAACGUGCCUUCCUAAAUAAUAUUGGCGCGCACAGGUGUUGUGCAAUCAGGCGGCGCGGUGGAUACCCGAGGCCCGGCCACCCGCUGACAGCCGCCUGCUGCUGCGGCUAGCGCUGUGUUGAGCUGGCACUUGGCUCCGGGCUGCCUUGCGGAGCGCGAGCGCUAGCGUGAGGAGCCCGGCUCCCUGGGCACACAGGUUUUUAAAGAGGCUCUGCUUAUAAACAAAGACACAAGGGAAAAAUGACGUUCAGAAAAGUGAACAUUGCCAUCCUUGUACUUGUUGUUGUUAUAUUUUUAUUAGUUCUGCAUCACAACCUUCUAGGUCUCAGUGACUUUUUGAAACGAGAUGUAGCAGAUUCAAGUCCAUUAGGACUCCAGCCUAUAGAUUUCAUACCAGAGGCUCCUCAAAGGCUGACCGACGAAAGAAAUGAUCAAGAAAUUCCUGUGGUCAUUACAGCAUCGGAUGACCGGCUUGGAGGUGUCAUUGCAGCCAUGAACAGCAUUUACCAUAACACUAAAUCCAACGUGGUGUUCCAUAUUGUCACUCUAAAUGAUACAGUGGACCAUUUGAGAACAUGGCUGAGUAAAACUGCUCUGAAAAAGGUGAAAUACCGAAUUUUGGAUUUCGACCCUCGUGUUUUGGAAGGGAAAGUGAAAGUGGAGUCUGAACAGGCAGACUCCAUAAAACCAUUAACCUUUGCAAGAUUCUACUUACCUAUGUUCAUUCCUCAUGCAGAGAAGGCCAUAUACAUGGAUGAUGAUGUAAUAGUGCAAGAUGAUAUCCUUGAACUUCACAAUACACCACUGAAACCUGGCCAUGCAGCUGCAUUUGCAGAUGACUGUGACUCAACCGCUAAUAAAUUUGCCAUCCGUGGAGCAGGGAAUCAGUACAAUUAUAUUGGAUUUUUAGACUAUAAGAAACAAACAAUCCGGAAGCUCGCCAUGAAAGCCAGCACCUGCUCUUUCAAUCCAGGGAUCAUUGUUGCCAAUCUAACAGAAUGGAAACUACAGAAUAUCACUAAGCAAUUGGAGAAAUGGAUGACACUUAAUGUAGCAGAGGAGUUAUACAGCAGAACUCUGGCAGGUAGCAUUGCCACACCACCACUGCUAAUAGUAUUUUACAAGCAACAUUCUAAUAUUGAUCCCAUGUGGAACGUCCGACAUCUUGGCUCUCGCACUGGAAAAAGAUAUUCUCCUCAAUUUGUGAAAGCUGCCAAGUUGCUCCAUUGGAAUGGGCAUUUCAAACCCUGGGGAAGAACAGCUUCAUAUGCUGAUGUCUGGGAGAAGUGGUACAUCCCGGAUCCUACUGGCAAGUUCAACCUGAUCCGCAGACACUCUGAGAUCUAUGAGUCCAAGUAAAAUGGAUUUUAUGAACUAUUGUCAUUUUCUCAGGAAACUCUUGGAGCCAGCAGCGUUUCUUUCAGCUGAUUUGUAUUACAGAGCGCUCCUUGCUUCUCUGGAGCACAGGGGAAAGUAUAUUUUCAGGUGAAAUGAUCAACUGUACCAAACUGCAUCCCUGAAGAAGAGUCUUAUUUCAAAUAUGAUUGGGGAAACGUAGUCCAGCUGCACUAUGAAGAGUGGAGAAACACCUCCAUGAACUAGCAUUUUUGCUAGGUAAUUUCUUUUAAUUACAUUCUUCCAGUCCAGUGUUCUGUUUGAUAUUUUGUCAGCUACAGAAAUAGAUGUCUUGUUCUUAGGAACAGUUUAUCUUGGUGACAGCCACACGCAAAUCUUGCACCAAUUUAUCAUAAUCAAAAGUUGCUACUAGCUUCUUGUUACCUUAUCUUAUCCUCUGGAGCUUUAUAAAAGGCACUUUCUCUUGCAUGAAGACCCACUCACCAUUUAUAUUUAACCCUUUCUUGCACUGUCUCACUGUGAGUAUGAACUUAAUCUAUAUUUUUCAAAGGCUCCUCCAAGUGUGUGUUUCACUGUGAGUGGCAAUCACAUUAAAAAAAAAAAAUUCAAACUGUUUUUAAAGGUGUGGUGUAAACUAAACUGUUAAAAAAUAAAAUGAUUUA